ACCAUCUCUCCUUCAAACCACACUUCACUUUUUCAACUAUGUGUUCUUCAAACUCCAAAUUCCGGCACCGGCAACUAAAUGACACAACUUCCCCACCCACCCUCUUCGACAUCAACGGUCGCCGCGUACUCCAACCGGCCACCUCCAACCGCAACUCCCCACUCCCCGAACCACCACGUCCCCUCAAAAAAACCCUCUCCCUACCAAAAUCCAUCUCCACUUCAAAACCAAAUCAAUCUCCAGCCUCAUGCACAACCCCAAAAUCCGUGAUCCCGGAAAAGAAAGCCAAAAACGGUACCCUUUAUGAUCGUAAUUCGAUCGAAACAAACAUUGAUUCCAGCCCUCGUUCACUGCCGGGGAGUAUAGCGGCCGCGAGGAGAGAACAGGUGGCCGUGAUGCAGGUACAGAGGAAGAUGAAGAUCGCGCAUUAUGGUAGAUCGAAAUCGUAUAGUUUUGAUCGAAAUUGUGUUACUUCAGCCGUUUUUGUACAACAGAAAAGAUGUAGCUUCAUUACUCCUAAUUCAGAUGCAAUAUAUGUUGCUUACCAUGAUGACGAAUGGGGAGUUCCUGUUCAUGAUGACAAGAUGUUGUUCGAACUCUUGGUGCUAACGGGUGCUCAAGUUGGCUCGGAUUGGACUUCGAUUUUGAAGAAAAGGCAACAAUUUAGGGAAGCUUUCUCAGGAUUCGAUGCAGAUAUUGUGUCAAAGUAUUCGGAGAAAAGGGUACAAUCGCUUAGUAGUAAAUAUGGCAUUGAAGUUAGUUUUGUCCGAGGUGUCAUUGACAACUCUAAAUCGAUUAGCGAGAUUAACAAGACGUUCGAUUCAUUUAACAAUUACAUAUGGAGAUUUGUGAACCAUAAGCCCAUCGUGUCACAAUACAAGUCAAGUCACAAGAUGCCCGUGAAAACAUCAAAAGCCGAAGCUAUAAGCAAAGACAUGGUGAGAAGAGGGUUCCGCCAAGUGGGCCCGAUAGUCAUCUACUCUUUCAUGCAGGCCGCCGGCCUCACAAACGAUCAUCUCAUCACCUGCCCUCGACAUCACCAAUGUGUCACCUUAGCGUCGCCCACAACACCAACCCUUCCAAGUUCUAUCAAAUAAACUUCCCAUUUUUAGUUAGUGCUUUAUUAAUUAACAUGUUUAUCUAAUGUUUUAUUAAUUAACAUGUUUAUCUAAUCUCUAACAUGACACACUUGAUACUAGUGUUGUUUUUCUAGGUUCAUGGUUUGUAUUAUGUCGAUGUUAAUUUUUCUUAGUGUAUUCUAAAAAAAAAGUGUAUACUAUUGUAAUUACGUUAACCGUUUUGAGUUAGUUAUUAACUCAAAUAGAAAAAGUUGGGUUUGAUUGAUUGUAAAGUUGUGAUUAACGUUAUUUUAUUGUGAUUACUUUGCCCUUUUAAA